AUGCGCUGCGUAAUCGCGUUGCAGGCGAACGUCGCCGUGGGGACGAAGGUGGCCGCCGCGGCGGCCGGGCAGCCGAAGAAGAGGACGUUCCGCAAGUUCACCUACCGCGGAGUGGACCUCGACGCGCUCCUCGACAUCUCCACCGACGACCUCGUCCAGCUCCUCCCCGCCCGCGGCCGCAGAAGGUUCCAGAGGGGGCUGAAGAGGAGGCCCUUGGCGCUCAUCAGGAAGCUGCGCAAGGCGAAAAUGGAGGCACUUGCUGGUGAAAAGCCAGGGGUUGUGAAGACUCAUCUGCGCGACAUGAUCAUCGUGCCAGAGAUGGUAGGCAGCCAGAUUGCAGUGUACAAUGGGAAAACCUUCAACCAGAUUGAGAUCAAACCACUAAUGAUUGGCCACUACCUCGCCGAGUUCUCCAUAAGCUACAAGCCCGUCAAGCACGGGAGGCCCGGCAUCGGCGCCACCCACUCCUCGAGGUUCAUUCCUCUCAAGUGA